AUGCCUACCGUUUCGGUUCCUAAACAGCAGUUCUUUGAACUGCUAGGUAAACAGUAUUCCAACGAGGAUUUUGACGAACUCUGCUUCGAGUUUGGUGUCGAAUUGGAUGAGGACACCACCGAGGAAGCUCUGAAGACAAAUGAGGAACCAGAGCUGAAAAUUGAAGUGGGUGCGAACCGUUAUGACUUGCUGUGCACUGAGGGUAUUGCCCAGUCUUUGAAUGAGUUUUUGGGAAGAAAAGAGACGCCAAACUACAAGCUUUCCGAGCCUACCACGAAGCUCUACAUCGAGCCUUCGACUGAACAGAUUAGACCAUAUGCUGCUGCAGCUUUUCUAAGAGGCAUCAAGUUCACCGAGAAGUCUUACCAAUCUUUCAUCAACCUCCAGGAUAAGCUACACUCGAACCUGUGCAGAAACAGAACUUUGGUUGCCAUCGGUACUCACGACGCUGACACCAUUAAAGGUCCCUUCCACUACAGAGCUCUUCCACCCACAGAUAUCAAAUUCAUCCCAUUGUUUCAAACUAAGGAGCUCAACGGUAAGGAGUUGAUUGACCUCUACAAGCAACCAGAACAGAAGAACAACUUGGGCAGAUUCGUCCACAUUAUCGAGGAUUCUCCAGUUUUCCCAGUUGUAAUGGACAACGAGGGCACAGUUUGCUCAUUGCCACCUUUGAUCAACUCAGAACACUCUAAAAUAUCUUUGAACACCACUAAUGUCUUGAUAGAAUGUACCGCUACCGAUAAGACCAAGGUAGAAGUUGUAAUCAACCAGAUUGUGGCUAUGUUUUCUCGUUACUGCGCGGAACCAUUCGUCGUAGAACCUGUGGAGGUCGUCUCUGAGCACAACCAGCAAUCUCGUUUUACUCCUGAUUUCAGCUCGAAGACCAUGGAGGUGUCUACGCAAUACAUCAACUCGUGUUUGGGUUUAGAACAGCCAGCACAGGAGAUAUGCGAUAACUUGAAGAAGUUGUCUCUACAUGCCACCCCCUCUCAAAAGGACGGAUACUUAAAAGUCGAAAUUCCAAUAACUAGACCGGACAUCCUACACCCUUGUGACAUUAUGGAGGAUGCUGCUAUCGGCUAUGGAUACAACAAGUUGCCAAAGGGCGAAAAGCUAUCCAGCGCAUCUUUCGUCGCUGCACCAUUGCCAAUCAACAAAAUCUCCGACAUUUUUAGAGCCGCUUCGGCGCAGGCUUCCUGGAUAGAAGUUUUGCCUCUAACGCUCUGCUCUCAUGACGAAAACUACAAGUUUUUGAGAGUAGAAGACGACGGCACCCAAGCAGUUAGGUUGGCUAACCCUAAAACAUCUGAGUUUCAAGUCGUGAGAACGACUCUGCUUCCAGGUCUAUUGAAGACUGUGAGAGAAAACAGAAAGCAUACUCUACCAAUCAAAGUUUUCGAGGCUGGUGAUAUAGUCCUGAAGAACGAGAAGUUGGAGCGUAAAGCAUACAACGAACGUCACUGGGGUGCGAUUUACGCCGGUAAAAACUCUGGAUUUGAAGUGAUUCAAGGUCUCUUGGGCAAGAUUAUGGAAACUUUUAGAACUCAAUGGAUAGCAGACUUUGGUAAAGCCGCGUCGACAAGAGGGUACUGGAUCGAGGAGGAUGACUCUCUUCCUACAUUCUUCCCAGGGAGAGGUGCCAAGGUCAUGUUUAGACCAAGGGAGGGUGAAGAUGCUAAGAAAAUCGGUACUUUGGGAGUUUUGCAUCCGGAAGUCAUGAAAAACUUUGAUGUACCUUACGCUGCUUCAUAUGUGGAGCUAAAUUCUGAAGUCUUUCUAUAG